AUGGGCUUGCUUGCGCUGGGAACGGCGCUGGAAUGGCCCGAGGCCAAGAAACGUGCUGAUCAGGUUCGCGAAUGGGGCAUCAAACAAUUGCUGGAAAUAUGGAACAAGGCCAAAGGCAAAGAGCGCGAUGCGCUGCUCUGGGGUGACGAGGUUGAGUAUCUGGUUGUCAACUACACAAAAGACAAUGAAAAGGUCUACCUGUCUCUUCGCCAGGCCGAGAUUCUCAAGGCCCUUGCCGCAGACAAGGAUCUUGAGGGCGGCUGCGUACCGGCACUUCAAGAGACGGACACCAAAAAAUCCACUUCGCUUCCCGUCUUCCACCCAGAAUUCGGCCGCUUCAUGCUUGAGGCCACUCCCGGCAAGCCCUGGGGCAUUGGCUUCAAAGAGCUUCUCGGCGUCGAGCCUGACAUGAAGCUCCGUCGUAAAAUCGCCAAGGAGCACAUGCUAUCUUCUGAAUACCCCAUCACUCUCACCACAUACCCUCGCAUCGGCGCCCCGGGACAGUUCACCGACCCGUACUACCCUCCCUCUGGCGACAGGUUGAGAUCCCAGUUUGUCCCCGACGAAAUCGCCAACCCCCAUAUCCGCUUCCCCACGCUGGCCGCCAACAUUCGCUCCCGACGCGGCCGCAAAGUCCAGGUCAACGUCCCCAUCUUUCACGACAAGAACACGCCAAACCCCUGGAAGGAUCCCACUGUCAACUAUGACCUGCACAAGUUUCCGGAGGAUGACGACGUGCGCAACGGCGCCGCCCCGGACAAUUUCAUCCACAUGGACGCCAUGGCUUUCGGCAUGGGCAGCUGCUGUCUGCAAAUCACGUUCCAGGCCAAGAACAUCAACGAGGGCCGUACGCUUUACGACCAACUAAGCCCGCUGGGCCCCAUCAUGCUCGCUUUAACGGCAGCCACACCCAUAUACAAGGGCUUCCUCGCCGGCACCGACGUGAGGUGGAACCAGAUCAGCCGGGCUGUCGACUGCAGAACGCCCGAGGAAUUAGGAGAAAAGCCGCUCAAGAAUGACCGUUGGAGGAUUCCCAAGUCGCGAUAUGCCUCCAACUCUACAUAUAUCUCCUUGGACCACAGAUUACGGCAAGAGUACAUGGACCCGGAUCUCGUGUUUGACCCCAAGAUCAAGACGGAGCUCAUCAACGGCGGCAUGGACGACCGCCUGGCCACGCACUUUGCCCACUUGUUCAUCCGCGAUCCCAUUGUCAUUUUCGAGGAGGACCUUCAGGAGCUUGACCUCACCAAGACGGACCAUUUCGAAAACAUCCAAUCGACCAACUGGCAGCACAUGCGCUUCAAGCCGCCGCCUGCGGAGAACAACAUUGGCUGGCGCGUCGAGUUCCGCUCCAUGGAGAUUCAGGUCACCGACUUUGAGAAUGCCGCAUUUUCCGUCUUCAUGGUGCUCGUCACGCGCGCCAUCCUCUCGUUUGACCUCAAUUUUUACAUUCCCAUCAAAAAGGUCGACGAGAAUAUGGAGCGCGCUCAUAACCUCGACGCCGUCCUAAACGACAAGUUUUAUUUCCGCAAAAACGUCUUUCCAAGCCGGCCCUCACGCGCCAACACCGUCUUUGGCGACGACAACGCCGCCACCAAUGGGAACAGCAACAACAACGGCGGUCCCGGUAGCCGUCCGGGCUCCCGCUACCCCAGCCGGCCCGGCUCGCCUGGAGCCGGCCCUGUGGAGCUCGAGUAUGCUGAGAUGAGCAUUGACGAAAUCAUCAACGGCUCCGCCGACGGCGAGUUCCCAGGCCUGGUGCCCAUUGUCGAGAGCUACCUCGACAGCGUCAACGUCGACGUCGAGACGCGCUGCGAGCUGGCCACGUACCUGAGCCUAAUCAGCAAGCGCGCCAGCGGCGAGCUCGACACGGCCGCGCGCUGGAUCCGCCGCUUCGUCGCCGCCCACCCGGCGUACAAGCAGGACAGCGUCGUCGGCGACGACAUCAACCACGACCUCAUCGGCGCCGUCAUUGCGCUCUGCGAGCGCGAGGCCGCGGGCCGCAAUUUUGCCGGGCUCGGCAUCCCGGGCCUGUCCAAGCUCCUGGGUAAGUUCCGCGGCGGAUGCGGCGACGAGGAGGCCGAGGAGGCCGAGGAAAGGCCCGAGGUGAAUGGUGCACCGGCGGCGGCGGCGGUGGACGUUGCGGAGGCGGUGCUUCCGUCGACGGAAACUGAGUCGCCCGCUAAGAAACGCAAGAUUGAGUGA